GGGGUGGUGACACAAACUGAGGGAAAGUGCUCGGAGGGGGGAGGGGUGUCCCGUCGGCAAGGCGCACAGACAGCAAGCAGCAGCUGCAGCGAGAAGGAUCCCGGCGCCGGAACUCUGCAUGCAAAUAACAUUUUAUUAAAAAAAAAAAUUUAAAAAAAAGCAGCCACAAUACGAUUUGAUUUAUCCGACACGCAGGAGACGAGAAAAAAAAAACCGCACGCACCACCUCCAAAAUGGUAGACCGCGAGCAACUGGUGCAGAAAGCCCGGCUGGCCGAGCAGGCGGAGAGGUAUGAUGAUAUGGCAGCAGCCAUGAAAUCGGUGACAGAGCUGAACGAGGCGCUAUCCAACGAGGAGAGGAACCUGCUCUCCGUGGCCUACAAGAACGUGGUCGGGGCGAGGCGUUCAUCCUGGCGUGUCAUCUCCAGCAUUGAGCAGAAGACGUCCGCCGACGGCAACGAGAAGAAGAUUGAGAUGGUGCGCGCUUACCGGGAAAAGAUCGAGAAGGAGCUCGAGGCCGUCUGCCAGGACGUGCUCAACCUCCUCGACAACUUCCUGAUCAAGAACUGCAACGAGACGCAGCAUGAGAGCAAAGUGUUCUACCUGAAGAUGAAGGGAGACUACUACCGCUACCUGGCCGAGGUGGCCACGGGGGAGAAGAGGGCCGGGGUGGUGGAGUCCGCCGAGAAGUCCUACAGCGAGGCCCACGAGAUCAGCAAGGAGCACAUGCAGCCCACCCACCCCAUCCGCCUGGGCCUGGCUCUCAACUACUCCGUCUUCUACUACGAGAUCCAGAACGCCCCGGAGCAGGCGUGCCACCUGGCCAAGACCGCCUUCGACGACGCCAUCGCCGAGCUGGACACCCUGAACGAGGACUCCUACAAAGACUCCACUCUGAUCAUGCAGCUGCUACGAGACAACUUGACGCUGUGGACGAGCGACCAGCAGGACGACGAGGGAGGAGAGGCCAACAAUUAAAGAGUCCAAAACCUCAUUCUGCCCAAAAACUUAAAAAAACACGCGCGCUCACAAAUGACAAAAUAAUACUAGUUGAAAAGUUCUUAGAAAUAAAAAAAAAAAAAUUAAAUAGGGUGGGGUAGGGGGAAGGGUGGUGGAACGUCGGCGGCCAAUUCCGCUGAUGGUACUAACGGCUGCUGCUCUUUUAUUUUUCAACAAAAUUAAAAGUGAAAAUUAAAAAAAGUUGACUGAGGGAAGACAAUUUUAGUUUGGGAAAUAACCUAGGACAAAAAAAAAAAGAAUGAAACCCCCUUCAUUGGUAGCCUCUGCAGCGUUUGCCAAAAUACCACUUUAGAAGCAAGAGGUAUGUCAUUCAUCAGUGUGACGAUUGGGUAGCCACGCCUUCACACUGGCAGAGACUGGUCUUAUCGCGCAAAUGAAGCAGAGCUGUCUUAUUGUAUUUGGUGAGGGGAGGAGCAUUCGGAAAUUGAGUUUUCAAUGCUCGAACAACCAGAAAAAUCGGAGUAACCUUGAAUGUCGCGGCCUUGCCUAACGAGCGAGAGAGAGACGAGGGCGAGAGAGAGAGAGACAAGGGCGAGCGUGAGAGAGAGAGGACAGGUGGAGAGGUGAAGGGCUUUUAUAGGGGCGUCGUCGUUGACACCUUUAGUUGCACCACACUGAUCGUCGGGUGACAAGCACGUUGUCUCUGUUAUUGAGGAUGACAUAAAAAAUGUUAAAUAAAUAAUUGUUUUUGUUUUGCUUUGUGUCAGGUCUGUGUCCAGCUAAGUCACAGUGAUACUGUAACUAAAAAUGCAAAUUCAUGACGUAAACUAUGUGCUGGUGUGAUUUAUUAAAUAAAUUAACUGUUUUUGGACACCUAAUUCUUAUAAUCAGUAUUGUCGUUACGAUAAUAUUGGCUCCUUGUAGGAAAAAAAAAACUAACAAUUUGAUUCACGGAAAUCCAGAUUGCAAAAAUGUUUAAAGAGAAAAAACAAGGUGAUUGAACCCACGAUCGCGAGUCGACCCUUACUCUCUAGUUAUACAAUCACCAUGACAACCAGUAGGAUCUGGGAAACAGCCCCUGGGACCACAGACUAUUCGUGAACUCGGUUUUACAGUUUGUGGACAGAGCACAUGCAACGUUAAGUGGAAGCUCUAAAAGCAGAUCUGAGGUUUGUGGAUUUACUUUGUCUUCAGUUUCUUCAAGAGAUGCACUUGCCUAUUAUACUGUUUCUUCAGUGUAGGAUGAUAACUGCUCCAAUAUUCUCCAUAAUACAAUAUUGUGCAUGCUGGUGAUGUAUUUAUACAGUAGCUUCAAUUCAUUAACUUAUACUGUAGAUGUUAUGUAUUCAUAUGGACAUGGAAUUACAAGACCUUAAAUCGGAUUCUUUUCUAUUUCUUUCUUCUAUUGCGAUUGUUAGCUAGACUUUACUUUUAAUCUGUGUUUUCUUUACUCCAUUUGCUGAAGUACGCUAUACCAAAACAGUGAUUGUUGACAAUAAAUUGAUCCGUUACGGACAUCGCUAUGGUCCCAUGCAAUUCUUGGUAAGGCUGACAAAAAAGAUCAUCAUCUUGGCUUGUUGUAUUGGACAGUGGUAGUGGGUGUGAACCCACAGAUUUAGUCCAUUGACAGUGACGUAAAAAUGGGGAUUACAAUAGUCAAUUGGGGAGGGGUGGGGGGAGCAAUUCCAUUAGCAAUACCACAAUGUAAACAACAAAAAUACUCCAUAAGUCCAGUAUUAAAAAUUCCACUUGAGUAGAUGCACUGAAGUGUCAUCUGUAAAAUGCGCAGCAAGUAUCAAAAGUAAAAGUCGGCGAUGCAUGAUGCAAAACUCUGGAAGUAAACCAGGAUUUUUGUAAUCCUGUUUGGAAAAGAUAUCACGUUGUGCUCACAUCCUUAUCAAGUAAAAGAAAACUUAACUUUGUUAAGAUAUUAAAUGAACCUCUGGGUAAUUCAAAGGUCCAUGGUCUCUUCAGGUAUCGUUACCCAUCGUUUCCCUGAUUAGACGGACUGGGCUUGUCACAUCUCUCCCCCGUUGGUUGUCACAUGUCGACAGAUUCUAAAUUCCAGCACAGCUGUGCAGUUUGCAUGACAACCUGACCAGCAACAUUAAUGGCAUACGCCUGUAUUAGAGCAGGGCCUUUAAUCUGUAGAAAAUAAAUAUUUUACGAGCUUAUCAAAUGUUCUGUUUGUCAAACUAAUCAGAUGUCAAAUAAAUGUAAAAUGUUUCCUCUCAAAUGUAGAGGGGGGACAUUGGGUGGAAAAUAAACUGAAGU